UGCAUUGCAGGGCAUCAAAAUCUAGCGCGCUGGUUGCAUUGUUGCAUGAAGAAAACAUGGCGUCGAGUAGUGGCCCUGACACAGACCCGGAGGAUGCAUUGAAAGAGCAGAAAGGAGAAAGCGACCCAUAUAGGACCAUUGAAAUAAAUGAUGAUGACACAGAGGUUGACUUGACCCAUGGUGGACUUGAGAAAAUAGAAGGAUUAGAGAAGUUGUAUCAAGUAGUGGUUCUUUGUCUUAGAAGAAAUAAAAUCAAAAAGAUUGAAAACUUAGAGUCAUUGACAACAUUGACGGAGCUAGACUUCUAUGACAAUCUUCUUACUGAAAUUGAAAAUGUGGAUACUUUGGUUAAUCUUGUAACUCUGGAUUUUUCUUUUAACAAGAUUCGAAAAAUAAGAAAUAUUGGCACACUUGUGAAGCUUGAAAAUUUGUUUUUUGUUAACAACAAAAUCAGCAAGAUUGAGAACUUGGCAUCGUUUACAAAUCUUACGAUGUUGGAAUUUGGAUCUAAUAGAAUAAGGAAACUGGAAAAUCUAGACUCGCUUACAAGUCUCAAGAGGUUGUUUGUUGGAAGAAACAAGAUAACAAAGUUAGAAGGAAUAGGCAAUCUGAAAAA